ACUCGAAGAAGAUAUAGCAAAGCAAACAACACUACGCUACCAAGAGUUGAUUGAUUCCUAAUCCAUGGCAAUGCCUUACGUUGCUGUAGCUUCCUCUUCCAUGGCGGCCACGCCGGUCCUAAUGCCUCGCCUCCCGGCCACUGCCGCCGCCAACGCCGCCACCCGCUGUUCCGCCUUGCCUUAUCUCCCACCUCGUUUGUCUGCUUCUUCCAACCACUUUUCAGGGUCUCGCAGGUUGUCUUCGCUCCAGGUUAGAGCCUCUUCUUCAGAAGAGACAUCUUUAAAUACUGAAGAGCUAUUCACUGACUUGAAGGCGAAGUGGGAUGCACUUGAGAACAAAUCCACUGUAUUUCUCUUUGGAGGCGGUGCAAUAGUUGCAGUUUGGCUGUCCUCAGUUGUUGUUGGUGCCGUCAACUCAGUUCCACUGCUUCCGAAGAUCAUGGAGUUGGUAGGACUUGGAUAUACAGCAUGGUUCGUGUACCGAUACAUUCUCUUCAAGUCAAACAGAAAAGAGCUGGCCACAGACAUUGAAGCACUGAAGAAGAAGGUGACGGGAGCUGAAUAGAUCAAUAUGAUCAAAUGCUGAGUUUAUCCUUACAUUUAGUCUCAACCCAUUGGUUUAAAUUGGUUCUUUUCUGUAUCUUAUGUAAAAGGGCCAUCCAAGCUCUCCUCUCCUCUGCAAUGUAGACUAGUUUUGCUGCUUUUGCAUGCUUUCUUGUCACUCCUGGAUCUCCCCGGGCUCAUCCUUGCAAUAAAAUUUGCCAAUUUUCUUGUUUGCUUU